UAACAUGUGCGCAUUAUCUUCAUUGCAUAUGUUAAUAACUUAAUAUCAACAUCAACCACAUUAAUCACGUCUAUAAAAUCAUGGUCAAUGUUGAAUCAUGAUUUGAAAAAUCAUUAGUGUCAAAUUGUCAAUAGCUUGAGACAAAUAAAAACCGUUCAAGAAGAGGUAACUUCGUAACAUACUCAAUAGCCAUUACACAAAACUCAUAGCACAAAUGACAACCAGCAGUACUAGCAGAGAACUACAGACACUAGAUGAUGAAUAUGACCGUCACAAAGAGCUAAAAGAAUUUGAUGAAACCAAACUCGGAGUGAAGGGCUUAAUUGACUCAGGGAUAACAAAGAUCCCUCGUAUUUUCCACCACCCAACUGAGACCCUUUUUGAUCAUGAACCCCAACAACCCAACCCACAUGAUGACCUGAUCAUACCUGUUAUUGACCUCUCGGGUGAGCACACGGAUUUGGUGCAGCAGCUCCGAGAUGCCUCAUCUAAGUUCGGGUUCUUUCAAGUAAUCAACCAUGGUAUGUCAAUAUCUCUCCUUGACCGUUCGAUCGAUGCUGUCAAGGCCUUCCAUGAGCUGCAGCCACAGGAGAAGAUGCAAGUUUAUCGCCGAGGUACGGUCACUGCAGGCAGUGGAGUGGGGUUCUACUCUAACUAUGAUUUGUUCCAUUCUAAAGCUGCGAGCUGGCAGGAUACACUUGCGGUUCGUCUAGCUCCCGUCCCUGUUGAUCCCAACGAAAUCCCCAAUGUUUGCAGGACUGAGGUAAUAGAGUGGGAUAAGGAAGUGACGCAGCUUGGAGAAAAACUCAUGGGAUUGCUGUCUGAAGGGCUGGGACUAAGUCCUGAUAAGUUGGGUGGGAAGUCCUAUUUAGGAAGGAGAACUAUGGCCGGACAGUAUUAUCCAUAUUGUCCAGAGCCUAAAAAAACAAUCGGGAUCGCUUCACAUACAGAUCCUGGGAUUUUGACAGUGUUGCUGCAGGAUCAAGUGGGUGGACUACAAGUAAAAUAUGAUGGCAAGUGGAUCAAUCUGAAACCAGUUCAUGGCGCUCUUGUUGUUAACAUUGGCGACUUAUUGCAGAUAAUAUCCAACGAUGAAUACAAGAGUGGAGAACAUCGUGUAUUUGCUAAUCCUUUCCGCACAGCACGAGUAUCAAUGGCUGUCUUCUUCAGUCCAGGCAUUUAUGAGAAUAUAUAUGGACCUUUGCCUGGGUUGGUGGCACCAGAAAAGCCAGCACUGUACCAGCAACUCAAAUUCUCGGACUUGGUUAAGAAUUUCUUCUCGAAAGAGUUAGAAGGCAAGUCGAUGACUAGCUACUUUCGAUUGUAAAGAUGUAAGUUUGGGUUCAAAGUGUGUACUUUUAAUUUCUAAAGUUACUCUGCAUUAGCAAUUGUGAUAUUAAUCUAUAAUCUAUAUAAUGUUAUUGUA